UAUGUCAUCGUAUAACCACCACAAGACGUAUCAGAAUUUCUUCUGAGGAAGAUGAAGCAAGCUAUUCUCUCAUGGAGUCACCCUCCUCUAUUUCUUCCCAAACUAUCACCAACCUCCACUUUCCCCAAACCCCAGAUAACCAUAUCCUUAAGGGUAUAUGCAACUGUAGAGUCAUCACCUAAAGAGAACCUUCUAACUGCUAAAGAAAGAAGGCAAAUGAGGAAUGAGAGAAGAGAGAGCAAAACAGGUUAUAAUUGGAAAGAAGAAGUAGAAGAAAGGCUAAUUAAGAAACCCAAGAAGCAAUAUAAGUCUUGGACUGAAGAGCUUAAUCUUGAUAACCUUGCUAAAUUGGGUCCUCAAUGGUGGGUUGUUAGAGUAUCCAGAGUUACUGGUCAUGAAACUGCUGAACGAAUGGCCCGCGCUCUUGCCCGGAACUUUCCAAAUAUAGAUUUUCAGGUAUACAUUCCAUCUGUACAGGUCAAAAGGAAAUUAAAGAACGGAUCACUUUCAGUUAAACCGAAACCUCUUUUUCCGGGGUGUGUGUUUUUGAGGUGUGUACUGAACAAAGAAAUACAUGAUUUCAUUCGAGAAUGUGAUGGAAUUGGAGGCUUUGUUGGAUCCAAGGUUGGAAAUACAAAACGGCAAAUCAAUAAACCCAGACCUGUAGAUGAGGAUGACUUGGAAGCCAUAUUCAAACAAGCGAAGGAAGAGCAAGAGAAAGCUGAUCAAGCUUUUGAAGAAGAGGAACAAGGAGAAGGAGGUUUAGAUUUCAAGCUGACAAAAGAUACUAGUAAAGCUCCCGCUGACGGCAAAGUUAUGCCCAAAAAACAAGGAAGGAAAUCCAAAAAAGCUUCAGACCUGCUUGCAGUUGCAGGUGAUGACUUAAGAGGCUCGGAUGAUAAAUCUUUAAUCCCAGGAUCAACUAUUCAAGUUGUGUCUGGAGCCUUUGCUGGAUUUUCAGGGAUCCUUAAGAAGGUUGAUAGCAACGCAGGAUUGGCAACUGUUGGAUUUUUGCUGUUUGGAAAGGAGACUCUAGCUGAUAUAGAUGUAAAAGAAAUUGUAGCAGAGGUUGGCUGACCUGUUUAGGCUGCUAAUACUUUUCUCUCUGAGAUGGGGCGAACAAACUUUUAUUGUAUGAUGAAUCGACUGUAUGCAGUUGGAGUUAAGAGCAAAGGUCUGCAAUGGAUUACAGCAGAGGCAAUGGUCAGAUUAAACUGGUCUGCCUCGGGGAUUCCAGAGUUAACUUCGGUAUCGAACUGCUGCAAGUUUGACUUGGAUGUAACUAAAUUGAGAUGCUAAUUAAUCUCUCUAACGUAAAGUCUUAAUGAACGUGUUGUUGCUGCAGCCUGCAGAAUGAAUAUUAGGGUGCAGAUCAAAUAUCUGUAUGAAGUUAUUGGAAGUUACACAUGAGUUUGUCAAAAGAAUAUGAGGAAAAGAGAAUAUGAGAAAUCUUCUUCCCAGCUUCUUAGAAAUAUGAGAUGUCUUGUAUUAUUUUUCCUUGUGGAUGAAUAAACCUUGUCUUUUUAAUGGAAAAUGCUGGGUAUCCCAAGUGUCUCUUUCAUCAAA